AUAACGGGAUCCCGCCGCCAAGAUGGCCGACGAGAAAAGACUGUCCGCGAGGCGUAAGCACACUCUGAAAGGCUGCAUGCUGAUGGUGGGAACCAACCUCCUGGAAGCAGAAGCAUCGAUGAAGGUUGAGGAAAGGGAGAAGUUCCUCGCGGAGAAAUGUCCUCCUCUGGAGCUGCCGUACUCCAAGGACGAGCUCAUGGAACUUGUCCAGAAACUCCAUGAGCAGAUUAACUUGAGUGAGGAGGAGAGAUACUGCAUAGAGUUCAAGCUCAACAUGGUGCUGAAUGAGGUCAGAGAUCUCAACAUUAAGAUUGUGGAUAUGAGGGGAAAGUUCAAGAGACCCCGUCUGAAGAAGGUGCGCAUGUCUGCCGACGCCAUGCUGAAGGCCCUGCUGGGCUCCAAGCACACGGUCAACAUGGACCUCAGAGCCAACCUCAAGCAGGUCAAGAAGGAGGUCAAGGAGGAGGACAAGCAGCUUCGCGACGUGGGAGACUGGCGUAAGAACAUCGAAGACAAGUCUGACAGGAAGAAGAUGUUUGAUAGUUAAUCUGUCGCUGACUGUUCGGCCCAAACGAGACAGACAGAACUCGGAUCUGAUGUCUUUGUAACUGAAGAGUUUUAUUCCAACAUGCUGCGUAUCCAACGGCAACGUAACCCGAGAUUAGGACAUUAUACUGAUAAACAGUGGGAAUACCUCGGGUACUUCUAUCAACUAAAGGGACACACCUUAAGAAAGACAUUUGGGUUUUUAUGCUUCUAGUGUGGCACAGUGUUAUGUCUUUUCCACCAAGGCUAACCAGGUGCUGGUUCUGGUUCUGGUGCUGUUGCCAGUUCGGUGCUGGUUCUACUCUCCAGUUCUCUAAGAACCAGCUGGAUCUUCCCCAGCCUGAGAGCCGGCAGACCGUUGGUUUCCUCCCCCAGACCACGGUGGUUCUGGUUUCCUCCCCAGACCACGGUGGUUCUGGUUUCCUCCCGCACCUGACGUAACCGGUUCUUAUCUCUACACCUAUCUCUACGUUGGUGCUGAGUUGGAACAUGGCCCAGAACCAGGUUUACUUGUGUGGAAAAGCAACAAAGAACCGGUUCGAUAUCCGACACUGACUCCGAACCAGCACCAGAACCGCCUUGGUGGAAAAGACGUAUUAGUGAUGAGCGAUAAUGUCCUCUGCUGGUGUUCAGGGUUUUAAAAGUGACUGACUGUUAUCUUUUAUUUAGGCUUAUUACUAAGAAACAAUUCAGUCCAAUACUUCUUCAAUGCAGCUGAAUUGGAAAAUAUGACAUUAGACUUGAAAAAGAACCAUUUACUGAGGAAGGUUCUGGUCCCUCUGGACCUUCGUUAAGAGGAUCUUCCUCUUUGUCUUUUCCUUUUUAACGAAGGUCAAGCAUGACAGAGACGUUUCUCCUUUAACCCUCGUGUUGUCUUCCCGUUAACCAUGAACUUGUCCUUCCGGGUCAAAAUUGAAAAUGAAUUUUUUUUUGUGCUUUUCCGAUGUUUUUGUCGCUUUUUCUGAUUUAUUUCUCACUUUUUUUCCAGCUCUUGGUGCUUUUAAAAAAAAACCUGAGCUGGUUUAAUAACAGGUUUUAAACUUAUUCUUGGAAUUCAUGGUCAACGAACCUCAAAUAUAUCAAAUGAUACGUAAGUUGGUUUAGUUAAAAAGGCAGAAAUUAUGAAUUAUUUUGACUAAAAGUUAAGAUCAGAGGAUGUUGAGUGGAUCUCAGAUGGGUCGAUGUCAAAGGUUCGGAAACCAUUAAAGAAAAUAAUUCAAAUGCUAUAAGAUCAAAUAAAACACCCCAAAAAUUCAAUGAAAGUAAUCAUUAAUUUUACUUAAAGAAUGUUAUAUGGAAUCAUCCAUGUUAUUUUGGGGCAAUUUGGUGGAAAGAAAUCCAUAUUUAAGACUUAAUAAAAUACUUCAAUUUGACCCGUUUCAACACACGGGUUAAAUGGAGAUACAUGUGCAGGAUCUCACUUUUUCAAGUCUAAUUAAGGCUAAUUACCAAUUAAAUUAAAGUAUUUUUAUCCAAAGUUUUUCCUUUCCAUAUGUAAAGUCCAUAAUAACCCUGAGGUGGAUGAGGCAGGUGCUCGGGUAGUUUCGGGAUGUUUUAUGUUGGAGUAAAACUCUUCAGUUGAAUCUACGCUGCCUUCUGCUUGUGCCUGUACUGUCUGUACUGUGAUGUAUUUGUACUGUGUGUACUGAAGUAUUAGUACAUGAGAUCUUUUGUCCUGUGAAGGCUGAUUUACGCUUCAGCAUCUUGAUAUCGGCGACGUAUCUUCCUCAAACCCCAAAGUACACAUGACUUUUUUUAUUCUAAAAUCCAGAAAUUAUUUACCUUAAUGUGUUGACUGGGCAGAGUUUCAGUAAUUAGAAACUUACCCCGAGAAGUCAUUUAUAUUAUACUAUCAUUUUUAUUUAUUCACUUUUAUGAGAAGAACAUCACUUGUUUUGGCACACGUACAUCUCUGAAGCAUUAAAAGAUGAACGUACAGCUGAUGAUUUCAACUUUUUUUCAGUUUGUAACACUGUAAUUUAACAUUUUAUGACAUUUUAUCAAUAAUAACACCUACUAGAGUUCUGUUAUCUGGCCUAAUAGACAAGCAGGUAAAAAUAGGCAGAUCUGAUUAGGCUGACAUGUGCCGAAAGUUUCAAAAUUAGGCAGCGAGUUCACGAUUGGUUGCUUUAACACCUUGUGUUGUCCUUGGUUCCAAUUUGACCCAUUUUUAAAGUUUUUAUAUCCAAAAUAUGGGUUUCUUCCAACCAUAUUACCCAAAACAACAUGGAUGCAUGCACGUUGGAUGGAAGCCAUGCAACAUUCUUCGCAGGUACAGAUGAUGAAAAUUUGAAAAGUGUCAAGAACUAUUGAUUUUCCAAUUUUGAUCCAGAAGGACAACUAAUUCCUGGUGGACGGGAAGACAACACAAGGGUUAAAAUGAAUUAUCAGCAUUAUCAGUAUUAGGAUUAUGCUGAUUGUCUGCAUCCAUUCAAUGUCCCUUCAGACAGUGAAAGAGACGAAGUGUCACGCUAAAGCUAAAGCUAAUGCGUUAGCCUGGCGAGCUAACGGUCAGUAUUGGACGUCUCUCUGUUGCAGGAGGAUAAAUCAGCCUUUCACUCUGCACCGCCUAUGGUCUGUACUAACUCUGUGUCAUCUUUUCUAAACUGUUCACACAGAAGUGUGAUGUACUUUUCUCGUCUUGUUGCUGUCACAUUAAACUCCAAAGCUUCAUGUUCA